GGACCCACGUCGGCAGGAAUUAUUAGAGGCCAGGUUUACUGGAGUCGGAGUUAGUAAGAUGAGAAGACCAGAGCAGAUAGAAUUUAAGUGAUUUGCCCGGUUUCAUAGAGUGGUUCAUUGACACAGUCCCACAUCUCUCUGACUUUAAACUGUUGGUACCUGCUGUUCUCAAUCAUUUUUUGGUUGGUCAUACUCCUGGACCAUCCCAUUCUUUCCCACUCAGGAAAUGCAAGGGCCACUCAAUAGUGAAUCUUCCAACCAGAGUUUGUGCAGUGUGGGAUCCUUGAGUGAUAAAGAAGUAGAGACUCCUGAGAAAAAGCAGAAUGACCAGCGAAAUCGGAAAAGGAAAGCUGAACCAUAUGAAACUAGCCAAGGGAAAGGCACUCCUAGGGGACAUAAAAUUAGUGAUUACUUUGAGUUUGCUGGGGGAAGCGGGCCAGGAACCAGCCCUGGCAGAAGUGUUCCACCAGUUGCACGAUCCUCACCGCAACAUUCCUUAUCCAAUCCCUUACCGCGGCGAGUAGAGCAGCCCCUCUAUGGUUUAGAUGGCAGUGCUGUGAAGGAGGCUUCAGAGGAGCAAUCUGCUCUACCAACCCUCAUGUCAGUGAUGCUAGCAAAACCUCGACUUGACACAGAGCAGUUAGCACAAAGGGGAGCUGGCCUCUGCUUCACUUUUGUGUCAGCUCAACAAAACAGUCCCUCUUCUACGGGAUCUGGCAACACAGAGCAUUCCUGCAGCUCCCAAAAGCAGAUCUCCAUCCAGCACAGACAGACGCAGUCUGACCUCACAAUAGAAAAAAUAUCUGCACUAGAAAACAGUAAGAAUUCUGACUUAGAAAAGAAGGAAGGAAGAAUAGAUGAUUUAUUAAGAGCCAACUGUGAUUUAAGACGGCAAAUUGACGAACAGCAAAAGAUGCUAGAGAAAUACAAAGAACGAUUAAAUAGGUGUGUCACAAUGAGCAAGAAACUCCUUAUAGAAAAGUCAAAACAAGAGAAGAUGGCAUGUAGAGAUAAGAGCAUGCAAGACCGCUUGAGAUUGGGCCACUUUACUACUGUCCGACAUGGGGCCUCCUUUACUGAACAGUGGACAGAUGGUUAUGCUUUCCAGAAUCUUAUCAAGCAACAAGAAAGGAUAAAUUCUCAGAGGGAAGAGAUAGAAAGACAACGGAAAAUGUUAGCAAAGCGGAAACCUCCUGCCAUGGGUCAGGCCCCUCCAGCAACCAAUGAGCAGAAACAGCGGAAAAGCAAGACCAACGGAGCUGAAAAUGAAACGUUAACAUUAGCAGAAUACCAUGAACAAGAAGAAAUUUUCAAACUCCGGUUAGGCCAUCUGAAAAAGGAGGAAGCAGAGAUCCAGGCGGAGCUGGAAAGGCUAGAAAGGGUUAGAAAUUUACAUAUCAGGGAACUAAAAAGGAUACAUAAUGAAGAUAAUUCACAAUUUAAAGAUCAUCCAACACUCAAUGACAGAUACUUAUUGUUACAUCUUUUGGGCCGAGGAGGUUUCAGUGAAGUUUACAAAGCAUUUGAUCUAACAGAGCAAAGAUAUGUAGCUGUGAAAAUUCACCAGUUAAACAAAAACUGGAGAGAUGAGAAGAAGGAGAAUUACCACAAGCAUGCAUGUAGGGAAUACCGUAUUCACAAAGAAUUAGAUCAUCCCAGAAUAGUUAAGCUGUAUGAUUACUUUUCACUGGACACUGACUCGUUUUGUACAGUAUUAGAAUACUGUGAGGGAAAUGAUCUGGACUUCUACCUGAAACAGCACAAAUUAAUGUCGGAGAAAGAAGCCCGAUCCAUUAUCAUGCAGAUUGUGAAUGCUUUAAAGUACUUAAAUGAAAUAAAACCUCCCAUCAUACACUAUGACCUCAAACCAGGUAAUAUUCUUUUAGUAAAUGGUACAGCGUGUGGAGAGAUAAAAAUUACAGAUUUUGGUCUUUCCAAGAUCAUGGAUGAUGAUAGCUACAAUUCAGUGGAUGGCAUGGAGCUAACAUCACAAGGUGCUGGUACUUACUGGUACUUACCACCAGAGUGUUUUGUGGUUGGGAAAGAACCACCAAAGAUCUCAAAUAAAGUGGAUGUCUGGUCAGUGGGUGUGAUUUUCUACCAGUGUCUUUAUGGAAGAAAGCCUUUUGGCCACAACCAGUCCCAGCAGGACAUUCUACAAGAGAAUACUAUUCUUAAAGCUACUGAAGUACAGUUCCCACCGAAGCCAGUUGUAACACCUGAAGCAAAGGCGUUUAUCCGGCGAUGCUUGGCCUACCGAAAGGAGGACCGCAUUGACGUCCAGCAGUUGGCCUGUGACCCCUACUUGCUGCCUCACAUCCGAAAGUCGGUCUCCACAAGUAGCCCUGCUGGAGCUGCUAUUGCAUCAACCUCUGGGGCAUCCAAUAACAGUUCUUCAAAUUGAGACUUAUUCCAAGGCCACAGACUGUUGUUCAGCACAUGAAGUAGACAAGCGGCACUCAGCAGCGGGUUUGGAACAUAGCGAAUCCGAAUGGAUCUCAUGAAACCUGUACCAGGUGCUUUUAUUUUCUUGCUUUUUUUCCAUCCAUAGAGCAUGACAGCAUCGAUUCUCAUUGAGGAGAAACCUUGGGCAGCUCUGGCCAGGCCUCGCAGGAAAAGGCCCCAUCCAAGGUUCCAGCGUCAAUGGCCACUGUGUGUGGCUGCUCUGAGUGAGGAAAAAAAUUAAAAAGAAAAACUGGUUCCAAGUACUGUGAACUUGAAUACUUACAGACUCAGGGGGGUCCCUGAUGCAAUGCUUCAGAUGAAGAAUGUGGACUUGAAAAUACAGACUGGGCUAGUCCAGUGUCUAUAUUUAAACUUGUUCUUUUCUUUUAAUAAAGUUUAGGUAACAUCUCCUGAAAAGCUUGUAGCACAAAGGCUCAGCUGGGGAUGGUGUUUGACUUUGGAGGAAAAAAGUUGCUAUUGCCCAUUAAAGGCACUAGAGUUAGUGUUUUAUCCCUAAAUAAUUUCAAUUUUUAAAGACAUGCAGCUCCCCUCUCCCCCUUUUUUAUUUUUGAAGGAAUGCAUUUGGUCAUAAAGCGAAACCCGUAUUACAAGUACGUGGCAGUGUUCAUUCCAGUCAGAUGCAGCUUUCUCCUCCGCCUGGUCUCCUGCUUACAGUUGCAGCCCUCAUCUCAGUGGGGAAAAAGGGCGUGGGAGUACUGAGAUGUGUGGAUUCUGCCGUUGGACAAAGAAUGAGGUUAGAAGACUGCAGCUUGGAGUCUUGCUAGGUUUUCAACUAUUUCUUCACAAUUUGAACACUUGACGGUUAUCCCUUUUAAUUUAUUUGAAGUGCUAUUU